UUCUUUUGACAUUUCGACACCUGCUUUUCUCCCACUAUCACAAGAUCCUUAUACUCGCUCCACUGAACCUCGCCAGCAUACGCCUUCAUCCGUUUUAUCCCGUCCUCCCCCCGCCGCAGACGCCAUGUCCCCCGAAAACAGCACCACCGCAAAUGAUCCCACCGACGCCGAUUUCAUGCAGCUGGCCAUCCUUGAGGCGCAAAAGUCUAUCCCUGUCCCUUCCGCUUACUGCGUCGGCGCCGUCCUCGUCAGCCCUUCAGGAUCCCGUGCUGCCCAUCCUACGAUCCUUUCCACGGGCUUUUCACGCGAACUCCCAGGGAACACCCACGCCGAGCAAUGCUGUUUACUGAAACUCUCUGAAACGAACAGCAUUGAGAAAGCAAAGGGUGCCACGAUCUACACAACGAUGGAGCCUUGUGGGGAGCGAUUGUCUGGGAACCUUCCAUGUGCGCGCCGGUUGCUCGAGGUGGGAAUAGGCAGGGUGGUCGUUGGUGUAGGAGAGCCGAAGAACUUUAUUGCGGAGUGUCAAGGGACCAGGCAGUUGAGGGAAAGUGGGGUGGUGGUUGAUUACCUGGUCGGCUUUGAAGAGGCAUGUCUGGCUCCAAAUAAGCACAUUGUCUCAGCAUAGGACGUAGAGCACUUAGAGAUUGUUCAAACAAACUAUGGUCAUAGAAAGGUUCGGAAGGCAAGAUAGUUCUCCGACUGCUUCCUACCUGCCAUGCUCAUCUUUGUGGGAUAUGGCCACACUUGUUUGCACCGCACGAUGGAAGCAGAGUUCGGGAUCAAGCUUGUAGCCGUCCUUUGCAGCGUCCGCCAUCGAAGGUUCAAAGUGGAAGCAUCGCUAUGAUGAAACCCAUCCUUGCACUAUGAAGUCGUGGCUUCGGCCCGUCUUUUGAAGACAACGCUUACAUAGCCAUGUGAAUAACUCUG